AUGGCGUGGGGCCAGGGCGACCUCAGGGGCCGCAGCCGAUCCCGCGGGAGACCUGGAGGGCCUUCGUCUGGACGACAGCCGGUGCGCGAUGUGCCCCUCGGGGCCACCAUGGUGGCGCCUUCGACCAGCGUCGCACCGUCGCUGACUCCCACAGGCGAACAGGUCAUGGUCUUCGACUUCCCGUCACCCAGGCUGGGCCAACUGCUCGGCUACAAGGGGCAGACGAUCCAGAAGAUGAAGUUCCAGUCGGGGGUGCAGCGCCUCCACAUACACGACAAGGAGAAGGCGCAGCGCUUCCACAGGGACUACAGGCCCACCAUCCCCGUGGAGGUCUCGGGGACCGAGGAGCAGGUGGCCACCGUCAGGCGCAUGCUGGAGGGCGUCUGCCUGAGCGACCAGAGCGAGCUCGGCUUCGCGACGACCGCCAUGAACGUUGACCCGCCUCUGAUCGGCAAGCUCAUGGGCAGCAAGGGAGCGACGAUCAGGGACAUGACGGACCACACGGGCUGCUAUAUCGAGAUCCGGCAGUUCCCCGAGCAGGGUGUUCUGGACAACCAGCCCUGCCUCUUCUUCGCCGGUCCUCCAGACAAUGUCGAGGCUGCGGUGGACCUGGCGAGGCGAUUCAUCGAUGCGCCUGGAAGUAGCCUGGCGGCCGUGUUGCCAGAGGCACUGGGCAUGCAGCCAGACUUGGAGUCGGCACACGCGAUGACUCAGGUCUCCCAGCCAGGGUACGUGGCAACGGAGCGCGAUGGGCCGCUGACAGAGCGGACUAUAGAUGUGCCAGCCAGAAUGAAAGGCCAUUUACUCGGCUUGCAUGGCCAGACAAUCGAGACGAUCCGCAAGACGAGUGGCGUGAUCAAGUGCCACAUGCAGGAGAAGAGGGAUGUCGCCGCGACGGACAUCUUGCGCAUCGAGAUCAUGGGUGCUGCAGACCGCGUCGACGUCUGUGCCAAGCUGAUAGAGGACGUGGUCAGAGGUGACCACACGGGAAUCGGGCACGCCACAACCUACAUGAGGCUGGACCAGUCGGUCAUCGGCAAAGUGAUGGGCUCUAAGGGACAGACGAUAAAGGAGCUGAACGAGGUCACCGGGUGCUACAUCGAGAUACAGCAGGACCGCGGCGCGUGGCAGGGCCUCGUGACCGAGCCCCAGCUCUUCAUCGCCGGUCCCCCGGAGCAGGUCUCUGGAGCGGUGGACCUCCUCGAGAAGUUCAUCGAGGCCCCGGGAAGCCGCCUGGACUCGGUGGUCAGCCCGUCCGUGCUGAGCGCCGUGCGCGAGCGGGCGGGGAGCGCCCCGCUGGGCGGGGGCAGAGAAGGCCCUGGGGCGCCGUCGUCUGGCGGCGGCUGGCAGCAGCGCCAUCAGCCCGCAGCGACGGGCCAGGGCCAGGGCCAGACUUCGCAGGUGGUCGCGCAGCUUGCGCAGGUGCUGGGCCAGGCGACCGCGGGGGGUCAGCAGGCGCAGAUCCUCGGCGCGCUGGGCGACCUCAUCGGGCGGUCGGGCGGCCAGCAGGCGGCCGCGACGUCCACGGCGCUGCUGCUGGCCCUGGUGAAGGCGGCCGUGGAGAAGGCGCAGGCGCCGCCCCCGCCGCCAGACCCGGCGCAGCAGGCGCUCCAGGCGAUCGUGCAGCUGGUGCAGCAGGCGCAGGGGCAGCAGCAGCGGCAGCAGCCCCAGCAGCACGCCGCGGCCCCAGCGCCGUGGAGGUCGCAGCCGCCGCAGCCGCCGCAGCCGCCGCAGCCGCGCCACCAGCCGGUCUUGCUGUCGCCCCCGUCGCACAUGCAGCAGCAGGCGCCGCAGCAGUACCAGCUGCACAUCGGCGGGCACGCGCUGCUGCCGCGCCGGUGACCCGGCCCGCGCCCGAGGCUCGGGGCUGGCCCUGCCUCCGGCCUCUCUCUCUCUGGCGCGGCGCCGGACGCUCGCUUUCACGAGCGGUGCCCGCUCUCACGAGCGGCGGCCGCGUCCGUAUCCGUGCCCUCCUCCUCCUCCCCCUCCUCCUCCUCCUCCUCCCCCUCCUCC